UCAAGGAUAUCAUUCGAUUGAAAAAAUAAAAUCACUCCAGUCAAUGAACAAAAUAUUAAAUAGUAAGUUAGCAUUAGCUCAGAAGGAUGCAUUCUCAACUCAGAAAGAGAUAAUAAAAAAAGAAUCUAAGAUCAUAUCUCUCAAGUCUGAAUUAACAAAUAUAAAGAAUGAACUAAUGAAUACAAAAGAUAAAUUAGCUUCAAAAAUUAAAAAAAUUGAGUAUUUAGAUGCUUUAUGCUCUGUUUUACAGAAAACAAAAGAUAUAUUAGAUCCUGUAGAGUCGAAGACUUAUUGCUCUGCAAUAGUUAUGAGAGGUGAGAAAAAAAAUAUGCAAAGUGAGGAACAAAGUUUUAUAUUGAAUUCUAGAGAUACAUCUGAAUCUAGACCCGAAUGGUCAUUGCUUUGCAGGCUCUUUAAGGGUGACUCUUUGAGUCAUAAAAGUCUUGCAAAAUAUUUUAAAAGUAAAACAUUACCAAUUAUCACAAAUAAUCAGAAUUCGGAGUUAUUAAUUCAAGAUAUUACAAAUAAGCAGAAUCUGGAGUCAUUAAUUCAAGAUAUUACAAUAAAAGAGACAGUAUGCACUGGUGAGGCUUUAGUUAAUGAUAAGAAUAUUUUUCAUCCACUCCCACCUUCUUGUUCUUUGAACUCAAAGCCAAAUUAUAGCCACCGUAUGACCAUCUCUGACAAUUUGUUUUCUGAAAUAUACUCACAGAGUGAGGGCACUAAUGUGCCUAAAUUGACCAUGAAUGAACAAAGUAAAGAAGCAGUGCUUCAAGUUCCCAACUCAUCUGAUAUACAAAAAAAUCAAAAGAAAGAACUAUUGCAGAACAAGCCCAAAGGGCAAACCAAGGAUUAUGGCUCAUCGAGCUUAUUUUCAAAGAAAAUGAUAAUGUCAUGGCCCUUUAGUAAGGUAGUUAGUGGUAAGAGUGGUACAGGUAAAACUAAUAUACUUGAAAAUAUUUUUGUUGAUAAUAAAGAUGAAUGUAUAUAUAUAAAAAAAAAGGGUGGAUCCCACUAUAUACGAUGUGAUGAUUUGAUAGUUUGUGGAUAUCACCUAAAUAAAUCUAAAUGGGCAUUUGUUAGAUAUAUGUAUAGAGUAAUUGCAAGUGAUCCAAGAGCACCAUAUUAUGAAAAUAUUAGAUUUAAAUAUAUUUCAUCUAAAAAAAUUUCUAGUGUAAAGUUAUUUUCAUCUGAGAGAAUAAUUAUUCGUGAGAAUUUAUCACAUCUAGUAAUAUUUAAUAGUGGUAGUUCUUCUCAAGAUGUUUCCAAAAUUGUUGGUCGAUAUACUGAUGAUAUAAAAAGUGCAUCAAUAGUCAUUAAUAGCUAUCUUCGCAAGAGUGAGUUUAUUGUAUUUGACCUUAAUAGAGCAGAGGAUGAUCUACUUGCAAUCCGGUUAAGGUUUGAUACCCCAUUAGAUUUGCAGAAAGAAAUAGAGUUAUGUCAGAAGCGUAAGACAAAAAAUGCAUUACUUAUGAAGCUUACAAAUUCUGAACCUGAAAAAUCAGCCACAUAA